AUGUCAUUUCAGCCUCCUCAGAAUAUCCCUUCCUUUUCCUCCUCCCAACGACCCCUCGAAGAUAGCUACUGGCGCCCUUCUGCUGCAAAAAAUAAUGGUGGUCUCGGGGGAUACGGGCUCUCCAAGUCCCAAAGUAGUGGUGUCGGCAGCGGCGCGAGGAGACUAAGUACCUUCUUCGGCCGUGGUCGUGACCUUCCGAUGUACAAGGAUAAACCCUACUUUGCGCCGCGGCGCACGGCCCCUAAACGAGUGCAGAGGCAGGUCCUCUAUGUGAUUGCUGGUCUAUUCCUAAUCGCAUUUGUAUGGGUGUGGUUUGCUAGCCGGGAAGAUGUACGAAAUGUCAGGUCGAGCACCGCGACAGGCGAGGAGUUAUGGAACUGGGUACAAAGUCUGGACUCGGAGGCCGAGAAGACCAAGAAACCAAAGCGAAUUGAUUGGGAAGCCAGGAGAGAAAAAGUCAAAGACGUGUUUGUGGUCAGUUGGGACGGAUAUGCGAAGCAUGCUUGGGGUUACGACGAGUAUCGGCCCAUCUCAAAGAAAGGCCGCCAUAUGAUCGAAGACGGCAUGGGCUGGAUCAUUGUCGAUGCACUGGAUACGAUGAUGAUCAUGAAUCUGACUUCGCGAGUCCAAGACGCCCGUGACUGGAUACACAAUUCGCUACGGUAUAAUCAAGACCACGACGUCAGCACCUUCGAGACGACCAUUCGCAUGCUUGGUGGGCUACUCUCUGCGCAUUAUCUGUCUACCACAUACCCGCAGUUGGCGCCGAUCAGCGAUGAUGAUGUUGGAUCCCCCGGCGAGGACCUCUACAUUGAAAAGGCAACUGAUCUAGCAGACCGACUGCUCGGUGCGUUUGAAUCCCGUUCUGGGGUUCCCUACGCAAGUGUGAACUUGAAUACAUCGGUUGGAAUUCCAUCACACGCGGAUGGCGGUGCCUCGUCGACGGCGGAAGCUACGUCGGUGCAGCUGGAGUUCAAGUACCUCGCCAAACUGACCGGGGAGGCAGAAUACUGGGAGGCAGUGGAAAAAGUGAUGAAGGUCGUUGAUGACCAAGAGAGGGAAGACGGCUUACUUCCGAUUUUCAUCUAUGCGGAUACGGGCCAAUUCCGUGGAGAGAACAUCCGACUGGGUAGCAGGGGUGAUUCUUACUAUGAAUACCUCAUUAAACAGUACUUGCAGACCUCCAAGCAGGAGCCGAUAUACAAGGAGAUGUGGGAUGAAGCCUUGAUGGGCAUUUGCAAGCACCUAAUCACCUACACCAAGCACGCGAACUUGACGGUGCUGGCCGAAAGACCUGAUGGACUCCAUCGAGCACUGCUCCCCAAAAUGGACCACCUUGUCUGUUUCCUGCCAGGGACGAUUGCACUGGGCGCGACUGGCGGGUUGCCGUUGUCCGUGGCGAAGAAGUCGCCGGACUGGGGCCCACGGCAGGACGAGGAGAUUCUGCUGGCGAAGGAGUUGAUGAAGACGUGCUGGGCCACAUACCUGGCGACCGCCACGGGUCUCGCGCCGGAGAUUACGUAUUUCGAGGUCGACGAUCCGCCGCGGAUGAUGGCCGAUGUAUAUCCGGACUCUGCCCUCAUCAAGGGGGACAAGGACCAACCGAGCAAGUACAAGCAGAAGGACCUCGAUCUGAUUUCGCAGCCUCUGGAUGCAGCUGACGACGAGACGCCCUCGUGGAAAAAGGACAUCAAUAUCCACGCACAGGAUGUGCACAAUCUGCAGCGCCCGGAGACGGCAGAAUCGCUGUUCUACAUGUACCGCAUCACAGGCGACGAGAUGUACCGGAACUGGGGGUGGGAGAUGUUCAAAUCGUUCGUGAAACACACCGCCGUCGUGGAGACGGACGAGCCUUCACCUCACGAGGCCAAAGACGACAACGACGACGAGAGCAAGAAACCACGCUCCCGAAUCGUGGGCUUCACCUCCCUUUCCAACGCCAACAUCGUCCCGCCCGUCACGAGGGACAACAUGGAGAGUUUCUGGCUAGCCGAGACGCUGAAGUACUUCUACCUGCUCUUCUCCGACCGCGACUUCAUCCCGCUGGAGGAGACCGUCUUCAACACAGAAGCUCAUCCGCUACCGCGGUUCAAGCCGAGCGGUGAUCUGAAGACCCGGUGGGAGAGGAAACCCCGGCAGAAGAAGAAUCUGCAGACUGAGUCUGAGUAG